AUGUCAGAACCAGAUGGGGUGACGAAGAACACUCAAGAAACUGGAGAAUCUAGUCGGACAGGAACCUCUGUGACGAUUGAGGUCAUGUCAGCACCAAUCCAAGUGUCAGAUGGAGUCACGAAGUCGGUGAUCACCCCAGGAAAUGGGCAAAUGGUGACGAAAGGAGCCUCUGUGACAGUCCACUGUACUGGCAUGCUCACUGAGGGCUUGAAGAAGUUCUGGAGCACACGUGAUCCUGGUCAAACAGAGUUCACUUUUAAGGCUGGUGUUGGACAGGUAAUCGCUGGUUGGGAUGAAGGCACUAUGACCAUGAGUUUAGGAGAGAAAUCCAGGAUUUCCAUGGUUGGUGCUAAAGGUUACGGAUCCGGUGGAUUUCCAGCAUGGGGCAUUCCCCCUAAUGCCGGUUUGACCUUCGAACUGGAAAUCAUGAGAAUUAGGUAA